GACGCCGUGACUCGGGGCUGCUUCUGGAUCACGUGAUCACUUUGACUGAAUCAUCACGUAAAACUUCAUAUGAAUUGAUCAGCUGGGGAUUUUCUUUAAAUGAUCUACAGCCUGAUGGAGUCGCUGGAUUGUUUAACUUAUGAGCAGAUGAUUCAAUUUUUUCACCGUAAGAAGACGACGAUCUCGUCCAUGGAGAAACCGAGCACCUUCCUGAACCAGCUCCGAGACUACGAUCUGGUACCUGAGGAGCUCUACCAGAAGGUAAUAAAGAUGAAGAGUAAGAGUAAAAUUCAGAAAGGUGUGUAUGAGAUCCUGGACUUUGUGGAGAAAAAUGGUGGUGACUCAGUGAAAGUAUUUUGGAGUUGCGUGUUUAAGGGGCACAUCCUACACAAAUACCCAGACCUCCGCUUGAUCCUGAGCAGCCUCAUGAACGAAUCCUUUAGGGAUUGUGAAAAACCUCCUGACGUGGAGAAACCGAGCAGAAAUGAGGACGUCGAGAAAACGAGAGUGAAGCCAGCGCAAAAGAAGAGAUUACCAGAGAGAAGGAAAAGUAGAGAAGAGACAGAUAAAGAGGAACCAGGUCCUUCCUCUGCAUCCAAACUGAAGAAACCGGACAUGGAGCAAAGUCUCUCUUUACUGAGUAAUGACGAAGAGCUUCCUGUAACCUGCGGAGAGAAACAGGGCGUGUUGUAUCCAGCCAAACUGGUUAGAGGAGAGACGUGUAUUUUGUCUGAGGGCCACUGGUUCACUCCGGGUCACUUUGAGACAUUCUCAGGAAAAGCAAGUAGCAAGAAAUGGAAAGUCAGCAUCCGCUACAACAACAUUCCACUACAGAACCUUCUAAAGGAUGGUCAGUUGCAGUGUCCAGUCACUUACAGAUCUUACAGUCAAAAGAGAAAGAUUCUUGUAUCUAGUGUGGAAAGCUCCAGCUCUGAGUCGAGUGAAUCCAGUGAGGAAUCCAGUGAAGAAUCCAGUGAAGAAUCCAGUGAAGAAUCCAGUGAAGACUCGAUGGAUGAAGAGCUGAGGAAGGAGGAGGAGGAGGAGAGCGAGGCGGUGGAUAUGGCACUGUUUGCGCUUGGCGUUUUGCCGGUCAGCUGUGGCUCCGUCAGUGGAGAUUUAUAUAAAAGCAGAUUUGUAGGGCCACACACGAAGAGCAUUCGCACGGAGGAGCGCUGGUUCACUCCUGUGGAGUUUGUAAAGCAGGAGAUGUCUCUGCCUGAUGGACACUGGAGUAAAGAUGUACUGUGUCACGGCAAAACCCUCAGAUUCCUGGUGAAGAAGAAGAUCCUUUUUGUUCAUCCCGUGUUAUGCCCCUGUCCUCUCUGCCAGCCGAAAAAUGAGAGGGAUCAGGAUAACGAUGACGUGUGCUACAUUUGUAACUCUGGGUUGAAUCUGGUGUGCUGUGACGAGUGUCCACGAGCUUUUCAUCGUCGCUGCCACUUACCGCCUCUGCAGGACGACUCGCUGGGGGACGAAUGGAUGUGUACUUUUUGCGUGUUUAAGAGUAACCACAGUUUGUGGAUGCACAUGAGAAGAAAAGACGUUUUGAGAAGCCCUGUUUCCAAAAACACCAUGCGCUGUGAAUAUUUGCUGUUGCGCUUGUUAAAAGCGGAUACUCUGGGUGCGUUUACAUAUUACCCUGCUGAAAAGGUGGAGAGAUACCAUUAUGUGAUCUCCAAUCCCAUGUGGCUUAAACGUGUGAGGAGCAAACUGCAGAAAAAGAAGUACAAAAGAGUGGGAGAGUUUGUGCGUGACAUCGAGCUCAUCUUUAGCAACUACCAGACUUUUAACCGGGAUGACAAGUCUGUCAGGAUGGGAGCCGCAGUAAAAGAGCUCUUCCAGAAGGAUUUUAAUGCCGUCUUUAAAAUCCAGUAGGUUAUUGCAUCGUAUUGAAAGUUUUUUCCUCAAGAGACAAAUAUUUAUGUUCACUUUUUACACUCGAAGCAUCAGACUUUUUAUACGUCUAUAUUCCUGUGUGUUUAUUAUGGUCUCAGGUCUUUCAGUGAUUAAAAGCCUCAAUAUUAUAGAACAAGUAAUAUCUCAAACUCAGUCUGUAAUAAAGAAUAUAAACUGUAAUAUACGCUGUGUGUUUGAUGAUAAUUAGUGAUGGGACGAUUCAGUGAUUCGUAUCGAUGCAUUGGCGUAACAGUUAACGAUACGAGUUGGAAUUUGUAUCGCGAUGCAUCCUUUUAACAUAUUUGCAUCUGUAAAAACUAUUUAUUUAUAUAUAUUUGUUAGUAGAUGCACUACGCUUUUAUUAUUUAGAAAGUGAGCAAUAAUUUGUGACCAACAUUUGAUCUGUAGAUCGAUUUCUCUUCGCUAAACUGUUUUUCGACUCGCUGUGGCAACAUAACUAAGUAUUAGAUCUGAACUGUAACACACGUGAGGGAUUCUGGGGUAAGAGUCGGUAAUCACACAUUCAUUUCAUAUAUCAGUCAGUAUAAUAUUUUUGGGUAAUGAUCUACAAGCAAAUAUAGCAGAUAUAUCAAUUUAGCAAUACAGUCAGUGAAUGCCGUUUUCAGUUACAUCUGAAUAUAUUGUUUUUAAUGUUUUACAAAUGUAGAACUUUUAAACACCACCAGAAAUUAAAUGUUUUUUUCUUCA